CUUAAUCCUAAGUUCCAGCACACUGCCUCCGCGCACUGCGCACUACUCCACUUUCCGUCGCCUUCUCCUCCACCAAGCACUAGCUACUUGCUGCGGCUUUCUUGACGUUAGAUCUCGGCUGAUGGCGAGGCGAUCUCCGGUUCUGCCUCUGGUGGCGUUUCUGGCAUUUGUUGGAACCGUCGAGGCUGUUGUUUUCUCUUCCAGGCUUUUCCACCGGUUUUCCGAUGAAGCAAGAGCGCUUAAGUUCGGAAAAAACGGCGUCGUCCCCUGGCCGGAGAAGAGAAGCUUGGAGUAUUACGAGGCUCUUGUGAGCAGUGAUUUUAAGAGGCAGAAGAUGAAGCUCGGACCUAAAUACCAGCUUGUUUUUCCUUCUCAAGGGAGCAAUACCAUGUCUCUUGGGAAUGACUUUGGAUGGUUACACUAUACCUGGAUCGAUAUAGGGACACCAAAUGUUUCUUUUCUUGUUGCGCUGGAUGCUGGGAGUGAUCUACUUUGGAUUCCAUGUGAUUGUCAACAAUGUGCUCCACUUUCUGCUAGUUACUACAGUAGUUUGGUGCUCCCUCAUUUAUGGGGCAUCUAUUAUGCAGGACAGAGAUCUAAAUGAGUACAGACCAUCUAGUUCAAGCACCAGCAGGCAUGUUUCUUGUAGCCAUCAGUUAUGUGAAUAUGGUCCAAACUGCAAAAGCGCUAAGCAGCAAUGCCCUUACACUAUGGCCUAUUACACAGAAAACACUUCAAGUUCUGGAUUCCUUGUUGAGGAUGUUUUACAUCUUACUUCCACCAAUGAUGAUAGAUUCAAUGCCUCACUACAGGCUCCAGUUAUUAUAGGGUGUGGUAUGAAGCAAACUGGUGGUUACUUGGAUGGGGUUGCCCCUGAUGGGCUGAUGGGUUUGGGACUUGGAGAAAUAUCAGUUCCAAGUUUUCUUGCAAAAGCAGGACUGAUCCAAAACUCUUUUUCUUUGUGUUUUGAUGAGGAUGAUUCUGGCAGAAUUUAUUUUGGGGAUCAUGGAACAGCUAUCGAGCAAUCAACAUCAUUCCUUCCUUCAGAUGGGAAAUAUUUAACCUACAUUGUCGGAAUUGAGGCUUGUUGCAUUGGUAAUUCUUGUCUUAAGCAGACAAGUUUUAGAGCAUUGGUUGAUAGUGGGACAUCGUUCACAUUUCUUCCAGAAGAAGUCUAUCAAAUAGUAGCUAAGGAGUUUGAUAGACAAGUCAAUACUACCAUCACAAACUUCCAAGGUUACCCAUGGGAGUAUUGCUAUAAAUCCAGUUCAGAUGAGUUGCCCAAGUUUCCCUCAAUGAAGCUCAUGUUCCCACCGAACAACAGCUUUGUAGUCCAUAAUCCUAUAUUUAUGGUUUAUGGCAUUGAGGGAGUUGUUGGAUUCUGUUUAGCCAUACAACCAAUGGAUGGAGAUGUAGGAACAAUUGGACAAAAUUUCAUGACCGGAUAUCGAAUGGUGUUUGAUAGGGAAAAUAUGACGUUAGGUUGGUCGCGCUCUAAAUGUAAGUUUACUAUUCUUUUCUGGGUUAAAUGUUCGGGGACUUAUUUCAGUUUGACUUUGUGGGCUUCCAGAACAUCAUAUUUCAGUCACUAUUAAGAGGAAAAGAAGGAUAUCCUUUCUCAUUUCUUAACCUUGGAACUGUGUGCCAAUGACUUGCUUAGCUUGUUUUUAUAGUUUCUAUUAAACUUGUUCGUUGUUAAAGAAUGCUAUGCUGACACCGCUAGCCGCUGGAUACCACAUUCACUAUGAAAAUUCAUCCUCCAGGCCCAGGAUGUUAGCUAUGUUUUCUGAAGAAAGUCUCUAAAUUUAUUUGAUAUUCAUGAACAGGCCAGGAUAUGGCUGAUGGUAAGAACAUGUCACUUACCUCACCAAAUGGGGCACCGACCGCAAAUCCAUUGCCCACAAAUGAGCAACGGAGCAAUCCCAAUGGAAAUGCAACAUCUCCUGCACUUGCUGGAAGGGCUCCUUCUAAACCUUCAGUUGCAUCAACCCGGCUCAUUACAUCACAGUUUUGGCUAUUGAAAUUGUUGCCACUGCUCUUCCUUCUCCACGUACUUGUUUCAAUUUUCACAAUCGAUACAGGCAGAUUUUAGAUUGAGUUAUCUAUAGGCGUCACAUGUAUAUCCUGCUUUUAUUUUAUUUUCUUCUUUGGUUUUAUUGUACUUGCAACCAUCUCUAGUCCACUGCCAUCAAAUUUUUUCUUGUUAUGGCAAUCGGAUUGAAGAGAAGCAUAUAUGGUAUGUCUAUUGUAUUUACUUUAUGCGAUAACUACUCAAUUUUCCGGUGAUUAUUAGCCUUAUUUUACACAACAUUAACGGCCUGUAUGAUCGAGCUACUGCUCUUUGAAAGGAAAAGGGAGAACGAUUUUCUGA